CUACGUAAGUUCCUGUCAGGAUAUUAAUGGUUUCUUGCAAUAGCGACACACAUGCGUUUUUAUUCAAGGUUAUGUUAUCUCACUGUGGUUUCUAAUGUAUGAUUCAAUUGUAUUCGUUUGUAAAGAUGUAUAAAUUGUUGCAAGUCCCGUUACGUGAACUUGUUACUUGUAAAUGUUCUCGACAUCUUUCCGUUCCAUGUCGAUCUGUAAAGCAUAGGACCAAAUGGAUAUCAUCACCUGCUCUACCAAGGCAGUAUACUUCUGUGUUUGGAGGAAGCGGUUUCCAUCAGGCACUUCCUUUUGUAUUGAAUGACACAUGGAUGACCAGGUUUUACAGCACUGCAAGAGGAGCAAGCGGUGAAACUCAAGAGCUGGGUAAAAAUGUAAAAAAUCAGGGGACACACGCCUCCAUAGAGCCAGAGAAAGAGGAGGAAUUUGUUUUCAUGGACUACAUUGAGCCGGAAGAUAGUCACGUUGACCAACUUCGUGGUCAGCUCCAUGUGAAUGCUGUCCCCAUGAUUUCCAAAGAAGACAAGAGGUUGCCGCCACGGUCAGGCUCCGAGAAGCAGCAGAGGACUCUGGAGCAACAGCUGCGGUCAUUGAAAGAUGGGACCGUCACCAAACUGGAGACGGUGAGCCCUGAUUCUCUCAUCGAGUUUUAUGAUGUAGGGUUCCCUCUCAAGGAAACAAGUAAGAAAAAGAAACUUAAAGGACAGCAGAGAAUCUAUGGUACACCAGAUAUGGAGGAACCUCUCAGUGACACCUGCUGCAACGGAUGUGGCGCGGUCAUGCACUGCAUUGCACCUGAUGUGGCAGGCUAUCUUCCAAGUGAGAAGUAUAAACUUUUGCUAGAGGAAGACGAAUUGAAAAGGGCAAUUUGUCAACGUUGCUACUUGCUCACACACCACCAAAAGGCAUUGACUGUCAAGAUGUCCAAGGAGGAAUAUCGGGAUAUAGUCCGCAGGGUCAAAUCAGAGAAAGCAUUGGUACUGUUGAUUGUAGAUCUUCUGGACAUCCCAGACUCCAUAGUACCAGACUUGCUAGAGCUUGUUGGAGAAAACAAACACAUAGUGGUUCUGGGUAAUAAAGUGGACUUGCUCCCUGGAGACUCUGAAAACUACUUGCAAAGGAUUAAACGUCAGCUUUCUAUGUACUGUGCUGAUGUAGGCAUUUCCAGUGAUAAUAUCAAAGAUGCCCACCUCAUCAGUGCCAAAACGGGAUACGGAAUAGAAAAUCUAAUCUCAAGUCUUCAGAGAUCGUGGAAGUACAAGGGAGACGUGUAUCUGGUAGGAACAGCCAACGCUGGGAAAUCCACACUGUUCAACAGUCUACUGGAGUCCGACUACUGCAAAUCCAGGGCCUCGGAUGUGAUCCACAAAGCUACCAUAUCUCCAUGGCCUGGUACAACCCUGAACCUCCUGAAGUUCCCCAUCAUCAACCCCACCCCGUAUCGCAUGUUCAGGAGGUCCGAGAGGCUCCAGAGCGCCUCCAAGCAGACCGAGAGUGAUCUCUCUCCACAGGAGCUCAAGAGACUAGAGCAGUUCAGCAAGCAGGGCUACCUAGUGGGUCGCAUUGGGAGGACGUUCCGUACCAACAUAGAAUCCAACAGAGGCCUGAUAGAGUUUGAUCCUGAUAGUCUGGCCUAUGGAGAGGAUAUGAUUGACAAGGAGAGAGACUGUACUCUUUCCAACCCUUCUACGGAAGUGGACUUGACGCUCAACGAACUGAAAGACGCGCAUUGGCUCUAUGACACCCCUGGCAUCAUGAAAGAGCAUGACGUCCUCGAUCUGUUGACAGAGCAGGAGGUGAAGUUGGUGGUGCCCACACAAGCCAUCGUACCCAGGACAUUUGUGUUGAAACCUGGAAUGUCGCUAUUCCUGGGAGCUCUAGGCCGAAUUGAUUACCUUCAGGGUGAGAAGUCCUGCUGGUUCUCAGUCAUUGCUUCCAACCGGGUCCCGAUUCACAUAACCAGUCUGGACAAGGCUGACAGCAUUUAUCAGAAGCAUGCUGGUCAAAUCCUGCUGGGAGUACCAAUGGGUGGAGAAGAACGCAUGAAGGAAUUCCCCCCUCUUGUCUCCCAAGAUUUUGAGCUGAAGGGGCAGGGUUAUCAGAAAGCCAGUGCUGAUAUCAAGUUUUCCUCCGCAGGAUGGGUGGCAGUGACAGGAGUGGAGGGGAACAGUCUCCUGCUGCGUGCCCAUGCACCAGUGGGUGCAGGGCUUUCCCUGAGGAGUCCACCUCUACUCCCCAACAUCGUUAACCUGAAGGGAGAGCGCAUCAAGAAGUCUGUAGCUUAUAAGACCAGGAAACCCCAGGCCCUGGUGGACACCAGCAUGUCCUACAAAGGAGCAGAGAGGCUCAAGGUGAAGAAGAAAAAAUGAAGUGCUUAACACCCUCUAUGGGGCAACAAGGGUUUUCAUGUCAAGAGGCUUUUUGUACAGGAUAUUUGUGAUACAGCACUUUCAGCUAUGGAUUUUUUUUUUCAGCUCUGGGUUUUGUAAAAUUGUCUGUAAAUGUAACAAUUAUAAAUAACCUACAUAUAAACAGUUGUAUUUGUUUA